AUGUUCACCAAGCUAUCUCUCAUUGCUCUUGGCCUCCUUGGUAGCCUGUCUCCCACAAGGGCUGCUACACCUGUUACGUACACUUCGGAUGCUGCCAACAGUAACUUACGAAUUCCACUGGAUACCAGCCGAACCUCAGGACCAACCGUCUCUAACAUUUUUGUGGAUGCAACCUUUGAAAUCUGCGACGUCGACAUUUCAGUGGACAUCACCCACACUUGGACUUCUGACUUGGAGAUUGACAUCAGCCUUGAUGUUGAUGGACCAGACCCAACAACUGAUCCUGUUGAUAUGAUUCGGCUUCAGUAUGAUGAUUGUGAGCGUACCGAUGAUCUUGUUGUUGUUUUUGAUGACUCGAGUACAAACAGUCUUGAUGGUGCUAGUGAAGACGAGCCGCUUUGUGAUGAUAAUGGAGUAGACGUUCGGCCAGAAGAGUCUCUCUCUACUUUCAAUGGCCACCAAUCAACAGGUUACUGGACACUUCACAUCAAUGAUGAUGCUGGUGCUGACAUAGGAACACUUAAUUCUUGGUCUGUGAUCCUCACUCCUUGUGAACCAAUCACUGAUGGAGCUGGCACAGGUGACCCCCACUUCAAGACUUGGGUUGGAGAGUGGUUCGACUUCCAUGGAGAAUGUGACUUGGUCUUUAUCGACAGCCCCAAGUUUGGACAUGGAACUGGAUUGGCGAUCCACAUUCGAACCAAGGCUCGUUACCAGUACUCUUUCAUUGAGUCUGCUGCUGUUCAAAUUGGAGACAGCGUCUUGGAGGUUGGUGAAUAUGGUAACUACAUGUUGGAUGGCGUCUCCAAUGCAGAGCUUGAAAAGAUGGAUGACAAGUACCCUGUCACCCACAAGAAGGUCAACUCCAAGCAACACAUCUUCACUGUUGAGCUUGGAGAGGGAAAGCAGAUUAUUAUUCAAUCUUUCAAGGACCUGGUCAGUGUCAAGACUGUGGGUGCCAGCCCUGAGGAGUACAGAGGCAGCCAGGGUCUUUUGGGAGAGUUUGGAACUGGCAAGUGGAUGUCCCGCAAUGGCACCGUCAUGGCAGAUGCUGAUGCGUUUGGCAAUGAAUGGCAAGUCCUUGAAACAGAACCCAAGCUCUUCCAGACAAACAGAUUCCCCCAGCACCCAGUGAAAUGCAGUAUGCCUGGCCCUGAAAGAGAAGGACGCCGCCGUCUGGGUGAAUCCACUAUUUCCAUGGAAGCUGCAGAGAAAGUCUGUGAGCAUUGGGGAGACUUGAAAGACCAGUGUGUCUAUGAUGUCAUGGCUGCUGAGGAUUUGGAGCUUGCUGAGGCUGGAGCGUUCUAA